AUGGCACAGAGCAUUUACCCUCCCAACAACAAAUAUGACACUCUGUUCUCUCGUAGUGGAAAAUCGAAGAUUUAUACAACUCUAAGGCAAUUGGCGUCUUCAGAGCCAGAAACUAUCCAAAAGCCUCAGGAAAAUCCCAAUUAUGUUGAAGAAAUGAGACAAAAGAUGGGACUAUGGCAUAAUUCUGGCAAUGAAGGUAGAGAACAAACACUUGACAGCUUUAUGGAAGCCAAUAAAACAUUAAACCCUGAGUCAAAGCUUGAAACUAUUUUUACAAAAGAAAGCCCAAAUAAAAUCAGUGACUUAAGAGCUGGAUGUAAAGAUUUCAAGUACCAAGAAAGUGCAUGGCAGGUUAAUAAGAAAAAUUUGACAUCCAGCUUUAGCUCUGAACCAAGAGAAGCUGAAUUCCAAAGACACUUGAAGCAGUUAAAUCCAAGUAUGCCUGGAAAAUAUAAUUUAAAAUUUAACUCUACUGAGAAAAGAGUUCAAGGGGUUAGCUUCAGCAAGAUCGGUGCUAAGAUUCAUAAAAGGUUGAACUCUUCCACCCUAAACUCUCCCAUCUGUGGCAGAAUUAUUCGUGCUCUCAAUUCCGGUCAAAGUCGUGGCAAGACCAUGGAUCAUAACUCAAGCCAUAAAUUUUCUCCCCAUGUCAGCCAGGGAACUGUAGAAGAAAAGGGACAUAGCUCUAAGAGCCAGAUGUCACAUAAAAGGAGAGAAAUUUCCACCAAAACUACUGCUAGGAAUGUCCUGUACAACAAAGCCUCGACUACUGAUAAACUCUCAAGACAAAAAUAAGGAAUACCAUCUGAUAAUUUCGAACACAGACAGGUUUAUAGAUGUCUCUGGCAUUCCUGAGAUAAAAGCAGGGAAUAAAGGAUUUAUCCAUUUUGAUAGGAUGAGCACCAAGCAGUACAUUAGUCCGAAGUAUGCUGCCUCUGAACUGAAGCACUCAAAUCCCAAGUUCAACAAGCUAGAUAUAAAGGAGGUUAACAGAAAAGUCCCAGUUUAUGAGAUAAAAUAAGGGGAAAAACAGGGAUCCGUAUUACAACAAGUUAUGGCAAAAGCUGGAUCCUGGACUCAAGAAUCAAGCUGAUUAUGACAUAUCCAAAAGUUUCCAAAUGAAUAGUAAGAAGGUAUCAUCCCCUCGGUUCAAUAAGAUGAUGGAAAGGAGUAAUGUGAACUCUAUCUAUUACAGAACUGAUGAUGUCAGAGAUGAUGUUGAUAAUGAUCGCCUUCAGAAAGGAAUCAAUGCAGUAACUCAUAAAUCCAGUGGAGCCUACAUCAACUGGGAUAAGCAGAAGAAGAGAGAUAGCCUCCUGUAUACCCAAACAGAGGCAUUCAAGAACAUUCAGAAUGAGAAUACAAGGUAUGAACUCAUUCAGCAAAUGCUGAAAGAACUUUAAGAAUUCCAUAUUUUCAAUAAUUCAUGAUUUUUAA